AGCGAAAGCCAAGCCAAGGAGACGACAAGGCGCCGCCCGUGCUGUCCCUAUCCACGUUUGACCCCCCGACAUUCCGCCCAUGGACGAGGACCGCGCCGCCGGGCCCCACCACCACCGCCCCUCGCCGCCGCCACCGCCGCCGCCGUCCUCGGACGCCGGCAAGCGCCGCCGCCUCCCCAACGUCCGCCUCGCGGGCUCCGUCCCGCCCCCGUCCCACCUCCCGCACCCGCGCCGCGUCCCCGUCGUGCCCGCCACCAGGUCCCGCGUACCCCUGCACCUCAGGCACCACCAGGCCCCCUCCGCGGACCCGCCCCAAACCCUCCCCCCAAAACCCUCCGCCGACGGCACCGAUGACCUCACCCUCGCCCUCGCCGCCGCGUGCCCCCGCAAGCCCAGGGGGAAGGCUGACGGGAGGGAGGAGGAGGAGACGGGGUCGGAGCCGGAGCCGGAGCCCGAGACGGAGACGGAGGAGGAGUCCGGGGAGGAGGUGGCCGAUGUGGCGGGGUGGCUGUGGCGGAUGGGGAUGGGCCGCUACGCCGCGGCGUUCGAGGCGCACGAGGUCGACGCCGCCGUGCUGCCCUGCCUCACCAUGGACGACCUCCGGGACAUGGGCAUCGGCGCCGUCGGGGCGCGCCGCAAGCUCUUCUGCGCCAUCCAGAGGCUCGCCCCGCCCCCGCCGCAGCCACGGAGGUGAAACGUUCUGCCUGCCAUUCCCUGCUGUGGGCGUGCUAGGCUAGGCUAGCUAGUUCGGCGGCAUCACCUUGCGAGGGGACUUAGGAUGCGUCGGUCAGUCGUAGGAGUAGGAGAUGUCCAAAGUGUAAAAAGGAGAAGGUUUGGUCUUUAACUUAUUAGCUGGUUUCGGGUGCCGUUGCGUAGUGUGUUGGAAAGGUUUAGAUGGAACGCUAACUCUAAUGCUUUUGAAGUUGUGUAGUGCUUCCAUAGAAAUGCUAGGAUGCUGUGUCGGAAGCUGUAAAUACGAAAAGAUGGAAUGCUAAUGCUGGGUUGUUGACCUCAUGUUUCUAUACAUUUCAUCAUCCUCCAAUGUUUUUUCUUGAUGCAAAUGGAUCUGAUUAGUGGAAUUUCAACA